AUGGCGGAAAACAAAGGAGGCGGCGGCGGAGGGGACGCGGCCGCCGAGGCCGCGCCGGGCGGCGGGGGGGGCCCGGACCCGCCCUGCGCCUCCCCGUCCGCCGCCGCGCCGCCCGAGGAGCGCGACAGCCCCGGCGCGGCCGCGGCCGAGCGCGGCGCCGGCGAGGCCGAGGCGGAGGCGGCGGCGGGGCCCGGCGCGGCGGCGGGGCCCGGCCCCAGCCCGGUGCCGCCGCUGACGCCCGCGGCGCCGGGGCCCUUCUCGCUGCUCGACACGUGCGCCGUGUGCGCGCAGAGCCUGCAGAGCCGGCGGGAGGCAGAGCCCAAGCUGCUGCCCUGCCUGCACUCCUUCUGCCGCCGCUGCCUGCCCGAGCCCGAGCGCCAGCUCACCGUGCCCGUGCCCGGCGGGGCCAACGGCGACGUGCAGCAAGUGGGGGUGAUCCGGUGCCCGAUCUGCCGCCAGGAGUGCCGCCAGAUAGACCUGGUGGACAACUACUUUGUGAAGGACACCUCGGAGACGCCCAGCAGCUCUGAUGAGAAAUCCGAGCAGGUGUGCACGAGCUGCGAGGACAACGCCAGCGCCGUGGGAUUCUGCGUGGAGUGUGGGGAGUGGCUGUGCAAGACCUGCAUAGAGGCUCACCAGAGAGUCAAGUUCACUAAAGACCACAUGAUCAGGAAAAAAGAGGAUGUGUCUUCAGAGGCCGUGGGAGCAUCUGGUCAACGUCCUGUUUUCUGUCCUGUGCACAAACAAGAGCAGUUAAAGCUUUUCUGUGAAACCUGUGACAGGCUGACGUGCAGAGACUGUCAGUUACUGGAGCACAAAGAACACAGGUACCAGUUCCUGGAAGAAGCUUUUCAGAACCAGAAGGGUGCAAUUGAGAAUCUUUUGGCCAAACUUCUUGAGAAGAAGAAUUACGUAAAUUUUGCAGCUGCCCAAGUUCAGAACAGGAUAAAAGAAGUAAAUGAAACUAACAAACGAGUGGAACAGGAAAUCAAAGUGGCAAUAUUCACCCUCAUCAAUGAAAUCAAUAAAAAGGGAAAAUCUCUCUUACAGCACCUCGAGAAUGUAACAAAGGAGAGGCAGAUGAAGUUAAUACAGCAGCAGAAUGACAUCACUGGUCUGUCACGACAAGUGAAGCACGUGAUGAACUUCACGAACUGGGCGAUCGCGAGUGGCAGCAGCACCGCUCUGCUCUACAGCAAACGGCUGAUAACUUUCCAGCUGCGGCACAUUUUGAAGGCGCGUUGUGAUCCCGUCCCGGCUGCCAACGGAGCAAUCCGCUUCCACUGUGACCCCACCUUCUGGGCCAAGAAUGUGGUCAAUUUAGGUAACCUUGUCAUUGAAAAUAAACCAGCCCCUAGUUACACUCCUAACGUAGUGGUUGGGCAAACCCCUCCAGCAACAAACCACAUCAACAAAGCUCCAGGACAGAUCAAUCUUGCACAGCUUCGACUCCAGCACAUGCAGCAGCAAGUUUAUGCCCAAAAACACCAGCAGCUGCAGCAGAUGAGGAUGGCACAGCCAUCUGCCUCCGUGCCCAGGCAGAGCAGCCCACAAGUCCUCCAGCAGCAGCCUCCCAGGUUGAUCAGCAUGCAGACCAUGCAGAGGGGUAACAUGAACUGUGGGGCUUUCCAAGCACAUCAGAUGAGAAUGGCUCAGAAUGCUGCUCGUAUACCAGGAAUACCACGCCACAAUGGACCUCAAUACUCCAUGAUGCAACCUCACCUUCAAAGACAACACUCGAACCCUGGGCAUGCUGGGCCUUUUCCAGUGGUUUCUGUGCACAACACCACAAUAAACCCCACCAGCCCCACCACAGCAACCAUGGCCAGUGCAAACAGGGGGCCCACGAGUCCGUCCGUCACAGCCAUCGAGCUCAUCCCCUCCGUAACAAACCCGGAGAACCUGCCCUCCCUGCCGGAUAUCCCCCCCAUCCAGCUUGAAGAUGCUGGUUCCAAUAGUUUAGAUAACCUGCUAAGCAGAUACAUCACAGGCAGCCACCUCCCCCCACAGCCCACCAGUACCAUGAAUCCCUCCCCAGGACCUUCAGCUCUGUCUCCAGGGUCAUCAGGUUUAUCCAACUCCCACACUCCAGUGAGGCCACCCAGCACCUCCAGCACAGGCAGCAGAGGAAGCUGUGGCUCCUCGGGCAGAACUGCUGAGAAAACUGGUGUGAACUUCAAGGCUGACCAAGUGAAAGUAAAACAAGAGCCAGGCACAGAGGAAGAGAUCUGCAGCUUCUCAGGAACAGUAAAACAGGAAAAAACAGAGGAUGGCAGAAGGAGUGCUUGCAUGCUCAGCAGCCCCGAGAGCAGCUUGACGCCCCCACUCUCCACCACCUUGCACCUGGAAAGCGAAUUGGAAGCCUUGGGAAGCCUGGAAAACCACGUGAAGACGGAGCCAGGGGACCUGAGCGAGAGCUGCAAGCAGCCUGGGCACGGGCUGGUGAACGGCAAGUCCCCCGUGCGCAGCCUCAUGCACCGCUCGGCGCGCGCGGGAGGGGAGGGCAACAACAAGGACGACGACCCCAACGAGGACUGGUGUGCUGUCUGCCAGAACGGGGGGGACCUGCUGUGCUGUGAGAAGUGCCCCAAGGUGUUUCACCUCACCUGUCACGUACCAACCCUCCUCAGCUUCCCCAGUGGAGAGUGGAUAUGUACAUUCUGCAGAGAUCUGAGCAAACCUGAAGUAGAAUAUGAUUGUGACAAUUCACAGCACAGCAAGAAGGGGAAAACAGCACAAGGCCUGAGUCCUGUGGACCAAAGGAAAUGUGAACGACUCCUGCUUUACCUGUAUUGCCACGAGCUGAGCAUUGAGUUUCAAGAGCCAGUCCCAGCCUCGAUACCAAACUACUAUAAAAUUAUAAAGAAACCCAUGGAUUUAUCCACGGUGAAGAAGAAGCUGCAGAAGAAGCAUUCCCAGCACUACCAGACUCCCGAGGAUUUCGUGGCGGACGUCCGGUUGAUCUUCAAGAACUGUGAACGGUUUAAUGAAAUGAUGAAAGUUGUUCAAGUUUAUGCAGAAACACAAGAGAUUAAUUUGAAGGCUGAUUCAGAAGUAGCACAGGCAGGGAAGGCAGUUGCAUUAUACUUUGAAGAUAAACUUUCAGAGAUCUACCCAGACAGGACCUUCCAGCCUUUGCCUGAAUUUGAGCAGGAAGAGGAUGAUGGUGAAAUAACUGAGGACUCCGAUGAAGAUUUUAUACAACCACGUAGAAAACGCCUAAAAUCAGAUGAGAGACCAGUGCAUAUAAAGUAAUCUAAUGAUAUGGACCUGAAAUUUAUUGUAAAAACUGUUAUUUAAGUGUUCCUGGAAUAUUAUCAUGCCUACAGUGGCCACCUUGAAGAAGCUGAUAGCUUUUUAAACAGUAUUAGAUUACAAAAAAACACUUGUACAGAAAAACAUUCGCAUCAAAAGGGGAAAAAAACUGCGUUGUAAAUUUUUAGUGGUUUGUAUUUUUUUUUUUUUUCCUUGAUCCUUUCUUUUCCUGAUGGAGGGGACACACUCAUCCUGGUCUCACAGAUAAGAGGUGGAGGAAAUGUUGAAGAGAAGCAGAUUUGAUAAGAGGUGUUCCAUGUGCAGAUGAGACUUUGUAGGAGAACGUUCUGCAGGACUGGACCAAUACAAUGACUGUGUCUUGCAUUCCACUGCAGUGUAAACUGUGAGCAAAGUCCCUGAAAUCCCCUCUCUGUGUGAACUCAAGUGUGUGCUGGUCAUUGCUUUGGUCACCUCAUUGGAGCAGAAUUGUGAAUAACUGGUCUUCUGUGUCGAUCGAUUGUUGGCAUUUUACUUUCUUUACUCCAUUUUAUGUGUAGCAAAAGGAAAAAGAAAAAUAUCAUUAAACUGUUCUGAAUUGGCAAGUGCAGGAAUGUGAGGUUUUGACAGGUGGGAAGAGCUAAGCUGGUGGCAACAACAUCCUUCAGUAGGAUGAGGUGUAUUUAUUACAAAUCCUGUGCCCAGAACAUUUUAAUGGAGUUUGUGGCAGAAGCCUCAGCGUUGUCAUCUGUCCCUGAUCCCCCUGAUGAGGCAGAAUGUUCUUCCCAGUAUUCAUUCUCUAGUUUUCUGUACUUAAGAUAUAGACUGAAGAGGUAAUAACUGGUUGGGGUGUUUUUCCAGUCUUCCUAAAUAUCAGUUUCUAAUAGACCACUCGGCAAACAAUAACAUAUUAACUACCAAAUGUGUAAAAUUUCCUGUAUUCACUUUGUCUUAUUUGUAAAUAGUGAAUUGAGAUUUCUUGCAGCUCAGCAACAUUUGCUGAACUGUUUUUAAGCUAAUAUGUAUUCUUAUUGAUUGUUCCUAUCAAGAAAAGAUUUGUAAUAUAUGCUAUUUCUAACAUUGCAUUCAUUUUGAGGUUCUGUCUUAUUUUUCUUAAGAGUUACUUCUCAGAACUUUCUUCAGAAGCAGCUUGUGAGCGAAAUGUCCAGAAAGAGUGGAAUCAGUCUGAGUUUGGGUUACCUGUCCCUCCACCGAACAAAGCACUUGCACAGACCAGGAUUUGGCUUGGAGUGGGUUUCUGGUCAAGCAGGGAAAACAGAACAAUCUCCCAAAUCCCCCUUGAGGCACCUCUGCAGUGCCUUCCCCUUGGACACUGCCUUCCUCCCUGUGCAAUCAGGGUCAGCACAAGGAUUUAUAGUUUGAGUUUGAGUGGUUGUUUUCUUUCCUGACAGAAGCCAAUACUAGAAAUAAUGAAUGUCAUUUCUGGCCUUCAUCUCGCUCUUGCUGAAGUAAGCUGAAGAACUCAUGUGAUCAGAUGAGCUCGAGUUGACAGACUCUAAAUUUGCCGUAAUUUGGUGCGAAUACAACAAUUCCUGUGGUAAAUCCCUGGGGCUUUGGUGUCCUCAGCAGCUCCUGUGACGUUGUUCACACUUUACCAUAAUGGUAAAGAGAAAUGUUUGAGCACAAUAUCAGAUCUGAGGUCACUGCAGAUUUGGUUGCUUUUUGUAAGAACCGAGUCUGCACAUUGGGACUCCCCCUCUGUCACAAAAAUGUGAGGGGACUGAAGGUAUUUGUGACUUCCAGCUCACUUCUGGUUGGGUUUUUUUUCCAUUUCUCAGAUAUUAACAACAGUGAUGGUUCCAAUUUAAUUUUUAGCAGCUUGUAUGUGAAAAGAAGAGGAAAAAGGAAUUCCAUUUCAACACCUUAAACUGACAAAAGAGCAAAAGCUUUGCCCAUAGAAAGGCUGACGUGUGUGAAUAGGACACUGGUAGUGACAAGGGAUCAUUUCAUGGCUCUGUGUAUUGCCUAUUUAUGCAUUUCUAGUUUCUCAGCUUUUCAUUUUGCAAAAGGAAUAUUAUUAAAAUCAUCAUGAAAAUAAGAUUUUUGUGAAUUCUCUUCAAUCGGGGGUCCCUGUUUUUACAGUGCUUACACUCUGUGGGUUUUCUGGACCUCCAGGCCUCAGCUUUUGAACUGUUCCCUGGGCACCAGCCAUGGAUUGAAUCCUGCAGAGCCCCCCAGCCUGAGCCAGAGCGUGGGAUGGGCACGGUGGGAUCCCCUGGGAGCAGAGUGGGGAAGGAGGUGCUGCAGGAACAGCACCCUCUGCCUCCCACCCAGACCCCAGAGCUCCUUGUUUUGGGACAGCCUCUCUUUUGGGGCUCUCCAAUCAUUCACUCCCUACAACAGGCAGGAAAUUUGUCCAGCUCUAGGUCAGCAUUUCUGCCCUUCAGGAGUGAAGCUGAGCUUGGCCUCACUGAGUCUGAGCCCUUCUGCACAGACCCCACUGAGCCCUCUGGAACUGCUCCUCCCAUCCAUCCCCCCUGAGUGGAGAUCCACAGCUGAUGUGGAAUUUUGAAUGUAUGCAAGAAAUCUCAAGUGUAUCUUUUGUUUAUAAAUCUUUUUUCCCUCCCUCCCUCCCCUUCACUUUGGAACUCCCAAAGCAACAAUUCAAUGGUGGUUUUGAAUUAGCCAAGUUCUGUUUAAAAAGGCUGGAGAGGGUAGAUAAGCUCUGCUAAUCCAUUUCCUGAUCCUGCAGGCUGGGUGUUCAUCCCAGAACUGGGAAAGGUUUGCUCAGUGAAAGCAGUUUUUGGUGCCUCACCAUGUGGAACUUGUUCAGGAGCAAAUUAAGGGGUUUGUGUUAAUGAGGCGCUGAUUCUCGUUAAUGAGAGGCUGCUCCGUGCCAGGUGCUGUGUGUGCAACCUGUGGGAGUCAUUUUACCUGGGGAUUUAACAUCGGGAAAACUUGGAAAAGACAGUGCCAGCCCCUUGGUGUGAUCCCAGCGCUCCAAGGGGGUGGCAGGAGGAGUCUGGCUCUUGGCUUAAACUCUGCUCUGGUUUAAAACACUCGUAAAAAUUCGUGGCUCAGUUUCUGUUGUGAAUGUCCCUGAAGUUUAAGUUAAUCCAAAGAAGUAAAAUGCAACUUGCUUUUGAAACGGGAGUGAGAAGUGCACAGUGUGGGCUUCUCAGUUGCCUCAGAGGUAAUUCCUGGUGAUUAGUGCUGAUUCCACCGGCUGAAUGGGUUCAGGGGUUUUAUUUAAAUAUGCCCUGGAACUAAGUGGCCUGGAGCAUAAGAAAGCAGAGUUAUUAUCCAAAAAAAAGAGGAUAUUCUCCCAACUUCUGCAAAGAGAAAUGCUCAGUUCAGUGUGGAGAGGUGGUUCCUCUGUGUGGGACGUCACCACUGCUGGUCCUUGUGACACUUGCCUGUCACACGCUUUGUGCUGCAUCAGUGGAAUGUUUUAUAAACAGGGAGAUGUUUUAUAAACAUUUCUGCAAAUCACUGGAGCACAAGUCCUUAAAACGAGCCCAAAUUUCUUUGUCGUCACCUGGUCUCUUGUCUGACCUCGAAAGGUUGGGUUAUGGCAGCAGUAUUUUGAAGCUCCACGUAUGUUGUUGGCUUUUCCACUUGGCCUGUCAUUGUUUUUCUUAAUCUCUUCCUUGGAAAAAGCAAUAAAAGUGCUUUGUCUGCUGCCUGUCAGCAUGACAGGAAUCCUUUCCUUUGGGGUAGUGAUUUUAUAGGGAAGUUUGUGUGCAUAUCACCAAGCUUUUAAAACCAGAGCGUGCAGCAGUUAUUGACAACAUAGCGUGGCAUUUUAUUUUAAAAACUGGGGGAAGUUCCAUAUUUUUUUAAGGAGUAGGUGUUUGAGCAAAUAAUGGAGGUACUUUUUUAAAAUAAAUGUGUUUAUGCCACAGUUUGCAGAGACAUAUUUCAGAUGGGGGAUACAGAUUGUGUCUUUGGGUAUGGUGAUUUAUUUUAUCUUCUCAAGCUGUGUGUACAGAAACUCUUCCAUCUACUUCCAGCUUGCUUAUGGGGAUCCUACUUUCUAAGCUUUCUAACGUAUCAGGAUUGAAUUAUCUUUCCAAAAUCGCAGUUCAUUUGGGAAUCUUUGUUAUAAGUGAACUAUAAAAUGCCUGAAAUGCAGUUUUGGCCUUUUCUACCGGGUGAUCUCCCAGCUGAGGCUGCUGUCUUUAGAAUUUAUGGAAUUUCUACAAGGAGAGAGGUACUGAAAUAUUUUGCAAGCUGGACUUGUUGCAGGAUUCAGCCUGGAGUGACCUGCCCUGACACCUCUGCUGGCCUGCAGAGGGGAGGGGGGAUUUUUAGGUUCAGAACACCAUGACACAUGUAUAUAAUCCUAUACAGAUCUGUGCAGUUCAAAGCUUGUUUUCCAUGUAAACGUACUCCUGGAAGGGUGAAAUUCAUGGCAUUCUUGGAUUCUUCAAUGCUUCCAGUAUUGGAACUGGUUCUUUUUUGCACAUUGUAGACCUGGCUCAUCUUUUGAUAUGAUUCUUCAAAAAAACCAAGUGCUGUUUCUGUGAUAUUGUAUUAUCUGAAUCAUCAUGUUUAACUUUUUUUUAAAAAAAGUUAUCGUUUCUAAUUGUUCUGUUCCUGUGGUUUUUGCUGGUGUGUAAUUAAAAAACCCGAAAUUUUUCUUUCCCUGGUUAUUUAAUACUUUGGCUGCCUGUAAAUAUCUCUUGUUAAGUGCUCUGGAAUGUGCUGUAGAAGUUGUAUUAGCUCAGUUUAAAGCAUUGUUUGAAACCUAUUUUGGUUUGGUUAUUUCUAUUAAAUCCGAAAAUCACUCUUUCAA